UUCCCUUGCAGUCUUAGAGCAAUCGCCACUGGUGCCUUUGGUCACUCAGCUUUGACCACCUCUAAACUGCCACUAAGGGGGGGGCCUGUUUUGUCUAAUAUUAGACCUUGGUGACACCAUAUUUAGGAGUUUUGAACCUCCUGCAGAUAUCACCAACUUAACCCAAGAUUUAGGUUUACCCAACAUGAAGCUCCAAAGCAACUUUGCAAUGACACUGUGUUGUGUUCGAAAGCAUCAGAGUGAAUUAGACCAAACAAAACAAACCCUCUUCUCACAUGAAGCUUCACAGUUUAAUAGUCCAAGCAGAACCCACUAACUGGGAUGCACCUCCAACUGAUGUCCCUUUAUUUUUAUUAACUAGUGGGAAAAAAACACAAAAUCUCUUCUCAGGAUGGACACUCUUGAGAAAAUCACCAACUUAACCCAAGCAAAACGUUUACCCAACAUGAAGCUCCAAAGCAGCUUUGAGGAGUUUACACUUGGUUCCACUGGUGAUGAAGAUGAUAAAACCUACUUGUUCUGCCUGGAGUGCUCCUCUCCAGGCCUGUACCGGUGCAGACGUAGCGGCCUGGUGUUUGACAUGAAGGGAGAAGGAGACGUGUUCUACAGGAUUGUUCCUUGGAGCAGAACUUUACUGAGCCAACAUGACAAGAAGCCUGCAGGACCUCUGUUUGACAUCAGAUGUCAGCAGCAGUCUGUGGUUCAGCUUCAUCUCCCACACUGUGAGAUCCGCUCCACAGGUGGAUGUCACUUCCUGUCAGUCGCUCAUGUUCAUGAUGAAGGCAUCGAGUUUAUCAGGCCUGAGAAGAUCACAGAAACUCACGUCAUCAUCAGCAUCACAGGGUUUUCUGCUUUUGGUAUCGUCAAGGAUGAAGAUUCUCCCCCUGUUCCGAUCCGAGCCUUGGUUCUGCUGUUCUACAAGCCUCCAACUGAUCCUGAUGUCACAUCUUUCCUCAAUGUGUUGCUUCUUCCAAGGAACAUUGUACUCGAGGAGUUGCAAGAAAAAAGAAAUAAAUUAUUUGGAGAACAGAUGUUCAUAGACACACCCCAAGAGUGUAAACUCCAACCAAAUCAUGAUUAUACUCUGUCCACCUGUCCUUCAGAUGACUCCAUUAAAGUUCAACCAAAAGAAGCUACAUUUAAUGAAGACCCCUGCAACAACUUCUUAACAUCAAUCCAGGUGGUUUUGAAAACCAUUGUAGGAAACAUCAACCUAACUUUGGUGGAAAACAGGACCUCCUGCUGUGUUUGGGAGGGAGAUGUUUUUCUUACUCCCUUCAGACGACAAGCUAGUUUAUCUUCAAGCGAGCGUCUUCUUAAUAUAAGACAAAGGUUCAUCACAAGGGUGUCAGAACCUGUUCUCCAGAGUCUGCUGGACAAACUGCUGGAGAAAAAUGUGAUCAAUGAUCCUGAGUUUAAGACAGCAGAGACAAAGCAAGGAGAAGAGAAACCUCGAUUUGUAAUCGACACUGUGAGGGGAAAAGGUGAAGCUGCCAGUUCAGAGAUGAUCAAGUGUUUCUGUGAGCUCGACAAAUACUUAUGUGAAAGUCUUGAGCUGAUCUAAGGCGAAAAUGUACAACAAGAUGUUUUUUGUUGGUUGAUCUGUUUGUUUAUUAUUGUGUAGAAGAGAUAUCUUAUAAAAAAAGUUAUACUCAAUUAGAAGCUUAAACAGCUUUUACACAGUAAUAAAUUGGUGUUAUUGUAACUUCAUGUCUUAUUAGUAUUUAGGUUUUUCUGACUGUGUGAAAACAUGCUUCAGUAAAGUUCACUGAUCUGUGUUUGUAAGAUGAAUUUAACCUUUCUGAUGGUGUUACAACAAGCUGCUGGUAAAUGUAUUUAAAAAAUAUAUUGAUAGAGCUAGAGUUACACAAUGUAUCAAAUCGCAAUUGAAAAUGCAAUAUCUCUACGUGUAAAAUAAUAGUCCCAAAGGACUGCUUGAAUGUGAAAUUUGUAGUGUCAAGGUCUUUCUUUUAUUCUCAUUGUUAUUACGCAUAAACGCAUUAUGCCUGUUUCAAAGUUGUAAUAACCUGUUCAAGGGACUGAAAGUAGAAAGCAGGACAGGUCAGGACAGCAGCUGAUAUUUAACUACAUUUUUUCUUUCUUUUUCUUCACGGGUUUCUAGGCCUAACCAUGGUAACUCCCCACCUUUUUACAAUCAGUCUUUGUUACUUUAUUUUUUGUCAUUAACUGUAUAAAAUAUGUAUGCCUUGAAUGACUCUCAUUCUUUUCUGAGAUACUGUGUACCCCUUAGCGUGUACAAUGAGUUGAACAGGAAAGAGUCCUGUUCCG